GGAUGAGACGCCUCCCUCCCUCCGCCCCUCUGAUCCUCUUAUCAGCGAGUAAGCGGCCAAGAUGGAUGUUGUAAACCAGUUGGUGGCCCAAGGGCAGUUCACGGUAAUCAAACAACCAUUGGGAUUUAUCAAAAUUCUUCAGUGGAUCUUUGCAAUCUUCGCCUUCUCGACAUGUGGCAGCUACAGUGGCAAGUUCAAAAUGAGUGUGGAGUGUAAAGACCGGUCGGAGAGUGACCUAGGCAUAGAAGUAGAUUUUGAAUAUCCGUUCAGGCUCCAUCAGGUUUACUUUGAUGCCCCCAGCUGUAAGGGAGGGGAGGAACCCGAGCGUCUCUUCUUGACCGGGGACUACUCCUCCUCAGCUGAGUUCUUCGUCACCAUUGCUGUCUUUUCCUUCCUCUACUCUAUGGCAGCCCUCUCCGUAUACUGUUUCAUACUGGAGAAGUACCGUGAAAACUGCAAGGGGGCCCAGAUUGACUUUGUUGUGACGGCGGUAUUUUCCUUCAUGUGGCUGGUGUCCUCAUGUGCUUGGGCUAAAGGCCUGUCAGAUGUGAAAACAGCCACCGAUCCAGAGAAGGUCAUCACUUUCAUCUCAGCCUGUGACGAACAAGAGAAUCGCUGCCGUGAACUCUACGAACCCAAGGUCUCCGGCCUCAACACCUCUGUGGCUUUUGGCUUCAUCAACGUGAUCCUGUGGAUAGGAAACCUGUGGUUUGUAUUCAAGGAGACUGGUUGGAUGGCGGCCUUCUCUGGAACAUACGUCCCAUCACAGGAAAAGCAGCCCGCUCCCGAUUCCUUCGCCCAGGGAGGCUACGCUCCACAGGACCCCUAUGCCGGCUCACAGGGAGGGUACCAGCCCGACUACGGCCAGCAGGGAGGCUACACUGAGGAAGGAGGAUACAGCCAGGGCUAUGAGCAGCAGCAGCCCACCUCCUACUCUAAUCAGAUGUGAGCCUGUCCAGCCAAACACAGCUGCAGGAUGGGUGACGUUGUGAUUUCGGAGUGUGGCUCUCGACCACCACCUGCAUUUCCACACUCCUCUGUUUGUCUGUGUGUGUAUCUGUGAGUUGACAGGCGGAGGGAGGGAGGCAUGGAGGGCAGAAACUGGUGGGGCCUGGGGAGGGGGACACCACUGGGGAAAUGGGUCUUUGCUGUAACAUGAUGUUUAUUCUCGUGAUGUAUUUAACUGUAGAAGACAACAGAGGAUUGUCUGUUUGGUUAUACGAGAAAAACUUGAAUACAAAUACCAAAACAUUCGUUGACGAACAUUUAAGAGAAAUCUUGUAAUGGAAAAGACUUACAUUUAUGGAGAAAAAAAAUUGUAGUAAUAUUUAACUUGGGAGAAUGUAUUUGUCUGUGCUGUGUAAAUAUCAACAUGCUGAUAUAUAUGAUUAUAUGUACACAGUUGAAUAAUGGUGCACUCCAUAAAAGUUGUUAUACAACAAAUGUUGAGCACAGAGUUAUUCAAUUGCAUUUACUUUGGUUCUGUUUAGGAGCUCACAUAGUUUAGCCUUUGCCCUUCAACUCCCGUAAAUUAUUCAUAAUGUUUUAAUUUAUUCAUCUCAGAAUCUAUGAACAUCUUUUUUAUUUAUUUAUUUAUUUCAGCAUUAUUGACGGGAUUUGGGAAAUUGGGAUGGCAAAUACUAAAAGAAAACCAGAAUUAUUAAUAUAAAAAGUGAGCAGAGAAAGAGUAAUUUAUAGUAAAAACAGUGAAUAGAUAAUAUAAGUGGGUUUUACGCAGGUUGUUCCAUCUUUAUUUUAUGUUUUUAUAUAUAUUUUUCCAUCAAAUAUCACUGUCAAGUGAGGAUGAACUCUUGUGAUACACAGAACAUUUUAAAUCCUGACAUAUAAGAUCAAAAAUUGCAUAGGGUUAAGAAAAUUAGUGAGCAUGGUAGCAUCUCAUAUUUGCUGUGCUGUUUCGGAAACUGCUAUAGUGUGCUAUCAGUAUGAAAAUUGUGAAAUCAGGGCAGUGAACAACAGAUUUAGCGACGUGUGUGUGUUUGUUUAUUUGUUUGGAUUUAUGUGAUGGCAUCAAACUGAUUUUGUCAAUGAACCCUCGUCCUGUUUUGAUCGUCUGGAAAGUUGUAAGACAGAGUCAUAUAGUUUUUUAACCGGUGUUUCUGUCACACUAGUGGCGUUAACGUUAACCGUAGACAGUCGAGAAUAUUAAACACGUGUUAUUAUGAGGCGGUCUGAACAAUGUGUCUCCAUAUAUACUUCUCCUGCAUCCUCAAUCCUUCUUUAUCUCUUCUCUUUCUGGAGGUGAAUUUACUGCAUGCAUCCUUAUAUCCUAAAGCAUCCCGAAGAAACAUAUUUGAGAGGCUUAAAGCUGCAGGAAACGUUAGACUACACAGUAAUACCGUGCUAGGUUUGAUCCAUCAUAGAGGUUACUGCACAGCACAUACAGCAGCUCUGCUAUAUUCUACUCGAAGCACAAAGUAAGUGCUGCAAUAAUGACUUCUUUCCAGAUAUAAAUACCUGUCCUAUACUGCCAAUCCUCUGUUUGAACAUACAAGAUCGUGUUUGCCAAAUGGUAAGAGAUGUGUCUUGAUUGGUAGUUUUGCUUCCACAGUCAUCAGGAUGAAUUGUUGCCCAUCUCCAGGAUAUAUAUCAAUCCAUUGCAUAGCCUUGGAUACACUCUUUCUUUUACAAAUCAGGGUUCUUUGAUUCAGGCGGUGUAGAAGCACCUGGCUUUCUCUCUUCGUCUAGUCCCCUCUCCCCCCACCUCUGUUAUUUUCUCUCUCUCUGUCUUUCCCUCUCUUUCACUGUAGCUCUUAUAAAUAUGCUGAAAUGAAAUAUACUCUGUUGUUUGUGGUGAAUGAUGUCUUGUGAUACUCUCUCUACGCCUUUGGAUAGUGCUGUGUUUAUUGUGUAUGAUGUAUUCAUAUUAGUAUUUAUGAUAAUGAUAAGUCAGAGAACAAAAAAAAUAUCCAAGACUCUCCAGAAUUCUGCUGUAUUCUUAUUAUAUGGGAUCCAUGUGAAACAAAAUGAAAUAAACUUGAAAUUAUUCUGUUGAA